CGCGAGUCGUCACACCCCACCAGUACUUGCUCCUGUUCCUGGCGUCUUUCCAUUCAUCCCAUCUCAGUGGACAGAAUGCAGUUCAAGGGUUUCGCUGUGGCGGUGAUCGUAGACGGACAGAAACUCAAGGAGCACAAUGUGACUAUUGUCAAGUCGAAACAGGAAACCUCGUGCUGGAUUGCGUCAGAGGCAGAAAAGAGGUUCGUCAUAGAAUUUACUCGUGAGGAUGGAAAUCGCUCUGCAACGCAUGCUGUAUCUCUAUCUCUUGACGGACGUUCCUCUUGUGGUCAAAUUUUACAUCCCAACGUAGCAAGGACCUACAUCAAGGGAGACCAAGUAGAUGGUUUUCAUAUUCUUCCACUUUUAUUCGGCAAGCUACUUCUGACAGAUGAAGAUGAGUAUAUUCAUCAAGGAGGCACAGAUGAGCUGGGCGAGAUCCGCCUCAGAGUCAAAAAGGCCACCGUCACCCGGCGAGAUAUAGGUAGUAAAAAGCUGUGGAGGGUGCCGGCCCUCGAUAAGGUUCACGAGCGCUUACAUAAAGGAAGUACUCACUACAUUAGGUAUGGCGAAAGAGAGGCGGUUGAAAAGCGUCAUUGUUAUGGGGAUCCAAAGUUCGCCAGAGGUCCAUGGAUCAAUUUCGUAUUCAGGUACAGACCCAUAGAUGUACUGAUGGCACAGGGAAUAGCACCUCCGGAAACACCAGCGCAGGUGUCUACCUUAGCACCGGCAGAAGGCAACACGAUCCGCUCCGGCGAUGACACGCGUGCGGCACAACAAUCCCGCGCAUCUCCCGAACGCCGUCCGGACAGCCCACAAGCCAGGUCUGUCCCCUCGCCUUUACAAGCACGGACAGAAGCUUCUGUUCGGCGGGCGACAGAAGACAUCACGAUCAAGUCGGAUGACCGAUCUAACGGGCAGCCCCAAUGCGUCUCCCAAGCGCCGCAGGCCGGAGCUGCUGUGCACCCGUCUACCUCAGCGCCGACGGAUGUCGUCACAAUCAAGUCAGAGGACUCUCUGGCUCAGCCGUCGAACAAGGCCGCUGGAAAGCGGAAGGCGGACGACCGACAGCGUCAAGAGCGGCAAUCUCGCCUUGCUAGACUUGAAAACAUGCUGCGUGAGAUACAAGUCGAAGUUACCCAACUCCGCUCGGAAGACGCUGAGGAAGAAGACGUCAAGCCCUCCAAGAGGAUCAAGACCGAGCCCGGGUGUUCUCAGCCGAAAAAAUCAUCUUCGAAGGCCAAGGCUCCCGAGGUCAUUGAUCUAACGUGAUCAGUGUUGGCUCGGAUCGAAUUCUCGGCGUCGUGUUCUGAACUGCUUUAUUCGUAAUUGGUGACAUUGAAGAAGAAAAUGACCCAUAGCUGAUACCCGUUUUCUGGACGUAUAACAUAAAGCCAUGAAAGAUGCGAUUGUGAUUAACACACCUAAACAUAAUUAUAAGUAUUGGA